AAAGAAAACGUGGGCGGUCCUUGUAUCUAGGAAGUAGUGUAGGCAUGCACCGGGUGAUAGCGUGACCGUUAGCUUCACGCACCUAAUCACAGUUUUUCUCGUCUGUUAUCUGAAGUAAAUAGUGAAGAUGGGUGAGGAUGAGGAGAAGUAUGAUGGGAUGUUGCUGGCCAUGGCGCAGCAGCAUGAGGGAGGAGUGCAGGAGCUGGUGAACACAUUCUUCAGUUUUCUAAGAAGGAAAACAGAUUUCUUCACGGGAGGAGAGCCUGGAGUCCCAGAGAAGCUGGUUAAAGAGGCGUUUGCUCAUCACAAUCAGCUCGCCCUCAAAGCCCAGAAAGAGAAAGAGUCCAGACAAGAGAAGGAGAAGAAGGAGAAGACCGACAGAGCUGCUAAACUGAAGGAAGAGGAGAAGAAGAGGAAGCAGGACACCUAACAUCCAAAAAAAAAAUAUCUCACAUAUUAAUAUACCAAGAGACUCCAGGCACAGUUAAAUCAAACAAAAGAAGAAAAGAAAACUGCGGAAGUACCUGAGAAAACAGACGGCGAAACAUCAGAAAAAGACAAAAAAGGGUCGGACUCCGAAGGAGAGGAAGAUGAGAAGGACAAAGACAAGAUCAAGCCCAAUGCUGGAAACGGAGCAGACCUUUCACACUACCGCUGGACUCAGACGCUGUCUGAAGUGGACCUGGUCGUGCCGUUCGAUGUGAGCUUCCGUCUGAAGGGGAAGGACGUGGUGGUGGACAUCCAGCGGCGUUCCCUGAAGGUGGGGCUGAAGGGUCAUCCGCCUGUGAUCGACGGACAGCUGUGCAACGAGGUCAAGGUGGAGGAGAGCUCCUGGCUCAUAGAGGAUGGGAAAGUGGUCACCAUUCAUUUUGAGAAGAUAAACAAAAUGGAGUGGUGGAGCAGGUUAGUGACCACAGACCCCGAAAUCAACACCAAGAAGAUCUGCCCGGAGAACUCCAAGCUGUCGGAUCUGGACGGGGAGACGCGCAGUAUGGUGGAGAAGAUGAUGUAUGAUCAGAGACAGAAGUCCAUGGGGCUGCCCACCUUUGAAGAGCAGAAGAAACAGGACAUCCUGAAGAAGUUCAUGGCUCAGCAUCCAGAGAUGGACUUCUCCAAAGCCAAGUUCAGCUGAGAGCCGCAUCUCAGAAUGAGUCUCGUCUUGCCUCAGUUAGAGGAGUUUGUUUUCGGUUAUACGACUGUCGUGAUGGAAGUGUUAUAAUACACCAUGUCUUGGUGUUUAUUUUUUAAAUAAAUCAUUUCAAACCCUA